GAAGAGUUGAUUCCGUUGCUGACGAUUUGCCACAGCGUUUUUGGAUAUUUCGAAGAUCGACCUAACCUGAUGGAUGAAUUAUCUCUCACAGCACCAUCAUUGAAACCACAACAGCCGGCUUUGCUUCGAGACGUGCUAUUUGUCGCUGAGCAUGCCGAUAGGAUAAACACAUAUAUUCGCGCCACUCCAGAUAUGGCGCUGCUGCCGAUCUCUGAUGCACAGUCACAGUGCCUCGCUGAGCUUGUCAACCAUGUACGAAAAAUUUGA